AUGGCGUAUUCAGCUGCAGACAUACGCCGAGUCUAUCUAGCUUGCAGACCUAUUUUCGCAGGGAACAACGCAUUUCUGCGAAAAACGAGGAAAAUCCGCAAGCUCGUGUCUAUACAUCAAGCAUCUCUUCGUCCAUUGCUCCAAGACUUCGCGUUCGAGAAGGUGGUCGAUAUCAUCAGAACCUUGCUUGAAAAACGGAUAUUCCAAUCGGAUGUUGAGGCUAAGAUUGAAUUUCCAGAGCUUUCUCACUCAUCUCCGGCAAGAGAUGUUCAACGAGCUGCAUCGGAAAACGAUGCUGCACGAUCAGCUGCUGAGGCACUAGAAGAGGUUGCUUCGCGAGAGGAAGGAAAUGAAUCGGAUGACGAGCGACCAACAAGUGUGGUACAUUUGGCUCACGAUGCUGCUAAUGGUAAGAAUUCCAAAAAGUUCCCCCAUUAUGCAUUCAAACUUGGUGAGGCAUCUCUGAACGAGAUCCUCUUCGCAACGCACAAGCUGCGUCACACCGCUGUUCAUCGACUUCCAACCACCUGCCGCGGAGUUGAAGCACUCAUAAAGUCAGCUAUAAUCCUCGCCGAGACUCUCCAAGACCCGCUGCGAACCGCACAGCUGGAAGAUCUCCGGCUUGAUAUAGAUAGCAAGAUCAAAGCCAUGGAACUCAACAAGAACGUUCUAGAGGACACACUAAGCCAGGAGCUCCAGAAGAUUCAGCGACAACGAGAAGAGCUUGAUAGACAGGAAAAGGACCUAACAGCUAGAAUUAUCCGUGAAGACCGCGAGAAUAAAUUCCUGAUUGGAAGUUUGCUGGAGGAUUCUGUGAAUCGAUUCUUCCUUGAUGCCAGAACUAUGGUGAACGGGAGUCCGGAUGAUGCGGAUCAGGUAUCGGAUGCUGAGGAGAAGCAGAUAUCGACGACAGAUUGUGCAGAGGAAGACAGGUUGUUGGUGGUAGCGCUGGCGACGGUGUCGGAGCAACGAGAGGAUAAAGAUGUCGGCGAUGCCAGAGAGAACGACGGCGUCGUAUUUCGAGAAGCGACUGUGCUUUUCGACAUAAUCGACAAACUGGUUUGCUUUUGA